CUUUUCCCCUAACUUUUGAAGAAACCCUAAAUCUCACAAAUUCAAUCUCUCAUUCUCAAUCUUAGAUUUCUCUGAAUCUGCGGAACCGCUCCCCCAAUUGCGUUCUCAAGUUCCCAACCGCCAUCUUCAAUCCCCCUCCGAUCUCUUCCGGCGAUUCGAGAUCUCUCUUUCGCCAACGUCUUCCCGGCGGCAUCUCUCACGAGCAUAAUCCCCCAUCCUAGCGGCCGGCAGCAGCUCUCUCUCACGAACAUCCAUCGCGGCGGCAUCUUUCUCUCUCGAGCAUCCAUCCCGCCGUAUUUUCAUCUAUUACGAUGGCUGAUGCUCAUGAAACUGAUAAGAACAUUGAAAUAUGGAAAAUUAAGAAGUUGAUUAAGGCACUUGAAGCUGCAAGAGGUAAUGGGACUAGCAUGAUUUCUCUCAUCAUGCCUCCACGUGAUCAAAUAUCUCGUGUUACUAAGAUGCUUGGUGAUGAAUUUGGAACUGCUUCGAACAUUAAGAGCAGGGUGAAUCGCCAAUCUGUUUUGGGGGCUAUCACAUCUGCUCAGCAGAGACUCAAGUUGUAUAACAAGGUUCCUCCAAAUGGGCUUGUGCUGUAUACUGGAACAAUCGUGACUGAAGAUGGCAAAGAAAAGAAAGUCACAAUUGAUUUUGAGCCUUUCAGGCCUAUAAAUGCAUCUCUUUAUCUCUGCGACAACAAGUUUCAUACGGAAGCCCUGAAUGAGCUGUUAGAAUCUGAUGACAAGUUUGGCUUCAUUGUCAUGGAUGGUAAUGGAACACUCUUUGGCACAUUGAGUGGUAACACACGUGAAGUACUCCACAAAUUUAGUGUCGACCUUCCUAAGAAACAUGGAAGAGGAGGUCAGUCAGCACUUAGGUUUGCUCGUCUUCGGAUGGAGAAGCGGCACAACUAUGUGAGGAAAACAGCAGAGCUUGCAACCCAGUUCUUUAUUAAUCCUGCCACUAGUCAACCUAAUGUUGCAGGAUUGAUACUGGCUGGAUCAGCCGACUUCAAAACGGAGCUCAGUCAAUCCGAUAUGUUUGAUCCUCGUCUUCAGGCCAAAAUACUUAAUGUUGUCGAUGUCUCUUAUGGUGGGGAAAAUGGAUUCAAUCAGGCUAUUGAAUUGUCAUCCGAGAUUUUGUCCAAUGUUAAAUUUAUUCAGGAGAAGCGCUUGAUUGGAAAAUACUUUGAAGAGAUUAGCCAGGACACAGGGAAAUAUGUUUUUGGUGUUGACGACACACUGAAAGCUCUGGAGAUGGGUGCUGUUGAAAUACUCAUUGUUUGGGAAAAUUUAGAUAUCAAUAGGUAUGUGUUAAAGAAUGCUUCCACUGGCGAGAUUGUUAUAAAGCACUUGAACAAGGAACAGGAAGCCAAUCAGAGCAACUUCCGUGACCCCACCACCUCUGCUGAGUUGGAGGUUCAAGAAAAGAUGGCCUUGCUGGAAUGGUUUGCAAAUGAGUACAAGAAGUUUGGCUGCACCCUGGAGUUCGUUACCAACAAAUCACAGGAAGGAUCACAGUUUUGCCGAGGUUUUGGUGGUAUUGGAGGAAUUCUUCGUUACCAGCUUGACAUAAGAUCGUUUGAUGAACUAUCUGAUGGAGAACAGUACGAUGAUUCUGAAUAGCAAUCAAUCAAUCACUCCCCCUUGCUGGUGCAGAUGGGGGUUCAAGAGCUUGCACCAGCGCCCAGGGUUCGCGGAGGUUAGUCUUGGUUUGAACUGGAAAAUUUGUGAAGGCUUUAUAAGGGGUUAUAUCCUUUUGAUCUGGAUUUGGUGCCUAUCUUGAUUGAUCGUCAAGGAUGCGUGCUCCAAUCUGUAGCCACAGUGCUCUGCCCUUGUUCUUGUGGAAUGGUUGCUGUCUUCAGCAGAUACUCAGUUACAAAAAUAUUUGAAGUAUUGCAAUAAUAUUCAAUGUCGUAUGCUCUGAACUUUUUUGAGUUUGUCAUUUCCGACUAUUUUUCAUUGCUGAUAAACCAUGUCAGUUGGAUCUGAAUUCAUAUGCAUGUAAUAUUUGAAGGUGGUUUUAUUAGGGUUGGUUUUUUGAUCUCUAAGAAUAAUAUGUUUCAAACU